AUGACUCGAGAGCGUUCAAAAAUCUCACUAGUUGGAAUAGGCGGUAAAGCCGCUAAUAGAACACGAGGCAGCGUCGGUUUUGAACUCAGCCCGCAUUUUCAAUCAGAAUUCACGUGUACCGUUACUGCACACAUAUUAAUCAAUCUUACUUCAUCCAUUCCAUCUGGACAGGUAGAUCAAACAUUGUGGCCGCAUUUGGAAGGAUUGCAGUUGGCUGAUUCACAAUUUUCAAGCCCCGGUGCUAUUGACCUUGUCUUGGGAGCGGACGUUUAUGGAUCUAUUAUUGCUGAAGGAUUAAUCACGGAAUCUCAAAAUUCUCCUAUAGCCCAAUUAACCCACUUGGAAUGGAUUAUCUCCGGUCCAACCGGCCACCAGAUGACUUUUGAAAACGCUCGCAAUUAUCACAUGACUACAGGCGAAGAUUUGCAUCUCAUAUUACACAGAUUUUGGGAAAUAGAAGAAGUACCUCCUUCAUGCAACCAUUCUUUAACUCCGGAUGAGCAACAAUGUGAAGAUCAUUUUCGGAACACUCACUCGAGAGAACCAUGCGGCCGAUAUGUCGUUAAGCUACCAUUCAAGCAACCCGUCAGCAAACUGGGAAAUUCGAAAGGAAAGGCCACUCACCUUAUUCACAAGCUAAGUAAACGAUUCGAAUCGGACCCCGCUUACGCGAAAAUGUAUUCUGGCUUCAUCGCUGAAUACUCAGAAUUGCAUCACAUGCGAUUAGUGCACGACUCUGUUCCGGAACCGUCUCAUACUUACUACCUACCUCAUCAUGGAGUCAUUAGAGAAACCAGCCUAACUACGAAACUGCGCGUGGUGUUUAAUGGUUCUAGCAAAACUACUUCAGGGUUUUCGUUAAACGAUCUGCUGCACAUCGGUCCUAAAUUACAAACCGACUUAGUCAAUGUCUUAAUCUGGUUCAGACAAUAUCGUUAUGUUUUUUCUUCUGAUAUAGAGAAGAUGUAUCGACAAGUUAGAAUACAUCCGGAUGACUGGAAGCAUCAACGCAUUUUGUGGAAGGAUGACGCGAAUCUUAUAAAAACUUAUGAACUCACGACAGUGACCUAUGGGCUGGCUUGCGCUCCCUUUCUGGCUCUUCGUACAGUUAAUCAAUUAAUACAUGAUGAAGGAACGACGUUUCCAUUAGCAAUCCCAAUCCUCACCCACGGUAGAUAUGUGGAUGAUCUGUUUGGAGGAGCAGACUCCAUAGAGUAA